AUGGUCAAGAGAAAGAUUAUAUUAAGUACCUUAUUACUUGGGCUUGUUCCACUGUCUAAUGCACAACAGGUGCUAUCGCCAGAACCAAAGAACACUGUAGACGUCGACAAAGCUACCGAAACAGAGGGCUUAUAUGUCGGGGACUCUUUGAUUUGUAACGACAGAACUUGUUAUCCAAAAGUUUUUGAAGCUGACGAUGAAUGGAGAGUUGUCAAACCUUUACAGAGAUUACCUGGUGGAUUGGAUAUUAGGAUUAAUUUUGACACCAAGUUGAAAGAGGCAAGGCUAUUGCCUGCAGGCGUAAAACCUGUAAAGCAAGAACAGAGAGAGAAAGAGAAGAAAGAAGAACAGCUGGCAAACGAAGAAACUGCAACAUCCGCAGUUGAGAAAAUUUCAACCUCAGUAAGUUCUAUUACAUCUGAAACUAAAAUGGACACCGCCGAAAGUUCCACAAGCUCCCAGAAAAGUCUAGGUUCAUCAGCCAGCAUAACAAAAUCACAAAAGGAAAAAUCUAAAGAAACUGCCUCAGCAUUGAAAGAGAACAAAAAAAAUGAAUUAGCAAUCUCAAGGGAUACAGAUCUUGCUGUCAAUGACUCAGAUGUAGUAGCUGAAGAUGCAGACAUCUCGGCUAAAUCUAUGGCUGUUUCAACUAAGUCUACCCAAGCCCUCGCUAAAGAUACUGAUACUGCAAUUAAAGAUACCAAUAUCCAGCCUAAUGAUGCCACCGACAACUAUGAAUUUACAAAGGAAUUCAAAGUUAUCAGGGAUAUCUACAACAAAAAAGCCAGAUUAACAAAUUCCGAAAUUAAAGAGAUUGAAGCUAAAUUGGAGGAACUGAUGGAAUUUACGCACGAUUAUAAACAUGGUAUGAAAAUUAUCACCCAUGAAUUUGAAUUGUUAAAGUCCAUCAGUUUAUCAGACAAAUUACCAGUAUCUUUGAGAGAAUUAAGUACCAGAGCCAUUACUGGUUGUCUAAGAAACAAUCCACCAGUUUUGGAAUUCAUAUGUGUUAAUCAUAAAGAGUUCCCAUCUGAAUUAUUCCAAUGGUUAAGCACUUUACAAGAUAAAUCGAUUGAUGUAUUAAAUCUAUACAAAACUUUAAUUAAAAGAUAUAUCUCGAUUUUGGAUGAGAUUCUUUCCAGCAUGCCAAUAUAUGACAUGAAUACCACCGAUUUAGAAUCCUUGACUGUUAUUUAUGAAUCACUAGAUGAUCCAAAAAUCAAGACUAAAGUGUUAGAACUAGUAUCCAGAUUCUUUAGCAAACACAUUGAAGUCAUCACAAUUGAAAGUGGAGAUGAACCAUCGAUCAAGAAAAGAAAUGAACAAGUCGUUCAAGAUGUACAAAAAUGGACUGACGAGUUAGCUACCUCGAUUCAAGAUAAAAAUAAUGAUGAAAUGCAUAUUCGUAAAUUCUUUAAUGGUUUGUACCAAAUUAAAUCACACUUCAAAAAUGACAUCAAAGUUGACAACAGUUUUCUAAAUUGGUUGGCUAAGGAGACUGAAUUGAGAAAGCCAAAUAAAGAAAAAUCUGAAGAAAAAGAUAGUGACCAAGAUUACUUCGACUCGUUAUUAGUAUCAAGCAGACAUUUAAUAUUCGGCAACGAAUUAGCCCACAAUUUAAAACAUGAUGAAUUAUAG